AUGUCCAAAGCCUUCGCAAUCAUCGCAGGCGUAGGCCCCGGCACCGGCGCCUCCGUCGCCCGCAAAUUCGCCCUCACCUACCCGGUAGCCCUCCUCGCCCGCAACCCAGACAACUACACCACCCUGGUCGACGAAAUCAACAAGUCAGGCGGCCACGCAAUCGGCAUAUCCACAGACGUCUCCUCCGCCUCCAGCAUCUCUUCCGCCAUCGUCCAGAUCAAGGAAAAAUACGGCGAUAAAUGCGCAGCAGCCAUCUUCAAUGCCAGUGGGCCUUUUGCUAGAAAACCACUGUUGGAGUUGACGGAGAAGGAGUUUACCGGUGGGUACGAGGUUAGCUGUAAAGGGGCUUUCUUGUUUUCGCAGCAAGUGUUGCCGUUGCUUCUCGCACAUACCUCCGACGCUGCUGCAAAGUAUCCAGCAACACUCAUCUUCACCGGCGCGACCGCGAGUGUCAAAUCCAAUGCGUUGAUGUCAGCCUUCAGCACUGGCAAAUACGCAAUGCGCGCGUUGAGUCAGAGCAUCGCGAGGGAAUUUGCACCGCAAGGAGUGCAUGUAGCUCACGCGAUCAUCGAUGGUGUGAUUGAUAUCCCGAGAACCAAGGCGUGGCUAAAGGAUAUGCCGCCAGAGGCGAAGAUUGAGGCUGAUGCUAUUGCAGAGGCGUAUUGGAACUUGCAUACGCAGAGCAAGAGGUGUUUUACUAAUGAGAUUGAUAUCAGACCCAUGUUGGAAAAGUGGUAG